AUGUCCUUUUGGAACCGCAGGAACAGGCUUGUCGUUGGAACACUCCUAGGACUCUAUUUCAUGUACGCAUUGACCCACUCGUACUCCAAACCAAGAGCAUCGCAUAGAACUUCCAUAGACUCAGCCAGGCUUCAGUUGGCAAGAGAAUUGGAAGACAACAUGAACUGGAAAGAGUACGGAAUUAACUUCCAGCCUAAUAAGAAGGCCUCCUUGCCAAUAGAAUCAACAGUAAGGCAGCAACUUGCCUACCAGUUCCCCUACGAGCUGGACAAGCCGUUUCAGAAAAAUAUCUGGCAAACAUGGAAGGUCGAUUUGGAAGAUAGCGAAUUUCCAGCCAACUUCAGAAAAUUCCAGAAUUCCUGGGAAGAAGUCAACAAGGGCUACAAGCAUUUCGUGAUCAAAGAUGAAGAAUGCAUCGAAUUGAUCAACCAAUUGUACCAGGGCGUCCCCGACGUAGUUGAGGCCUACAACAUUAUGCCCAAGAGCAUCUUGAAAGCAGACUUUUUCAGAUACUUGAUCCUCUUUGCUCGUGGAGGAGUCUAUUCCGAUAUCGACACCGUGAGUAUCAAGCCGAUAGAUACCUGGCUCUCGAACAACGCAACUUUGUACGGAAAGCCAAACAACCCUGGGUUGGUGGUAGGUAUUGAGGCAGACCCAGACAGACCCGACUGGGCAGAAUGGUAUGCCAGAAGAAUUCAAUUCUGCCAGUGGACCAUCCAGGCUAAGAGGGGCCAUCCCAUGUUGAGAGAGUUGAUUACCAAAAUCACCGAAAUUACCCUCGAACGCAAGAAAAAGGGUGCCUUGAAAAAGACAUUGGGCAAGGAUGCCGGCGGUGACAUCAUGAACUGGACUGGUCCUGGAAUUUGGACUGACAUGGUGUUUGAAUACAUGAACAAUAUCUUUCAAUCCCCCGAAAAUUUGAAAAAGAAUGUUAUCGAACAGGUGGUUUCCUGGAAGUUAUUCACGGGCAUGGAAAUGCCUAUUGCGAUUGACGAUGUGAUGGUUUUACCCAUCACUUCUUUCAGUCCUGAUGUGGGACAAAUGGGAGCAGGAGACACUACUCAUCCUAUGGCAUACGCCAAGCACAUGUUUGAAGGCAGCUGGAAGGACACUAAACCUAUUUAA